UUGUGUACAUGCGUAAAGCAGAGGUACAACGUUGCUUCUCACCUAUGCUGAAAGAGAAGUAAAUGUUUGUUAUUCUGUUUUAUGGUAUUUUUUUUGCUUGCGUAAUGCUGAGUUGUUGAUGAAGCUGCUUGACAAGGCCAACAUGGAGAAGAAAGAAACCCCCGCUAAAAAGGCUGCAGCGCCGUCUGUGUCCCAAAUUAAUGCAGAAUAUGUCACACAGUUGGCAAACAAAUAUUGGGCACCUAAUGCAAAAAGCAAACUGCCCUUUGACCCUAAGGUGAUGGAGGAUGUGUAUGAAAAAGAGAUUCUUAUGUCCAAGUUUGCCAUCAGAAAAAUCAUGUUGCUGGAGUUCAGUCAGUACUUGGAGAACUACCUUUGGGUCAACUACACUCCAGAGGUGUCCAGCAAUGCCUUUCUCAUGUCCAUUUGUUGCAUCGUCAAUGAGAAAUUCAGAGAAAACGUCCCAGCUUGGGAGGUGUUCAAAAAGGGGCCCGGCCAUUUUUCAUUCUUCUUCAAAUGUGUGAUGGAAGCCUUGUUGGCAGGGGAUGAAGGCGGGCUCAGCCUGAAGGAGCAAACUGUGCUGCUUGAGUUCCUGGACCACUGCUUCAACAGUCUUGAGGUAGAUUUGAUCAGAGAGCAGGUGCAACAGCUCAUCUCUCUGCCAAUGUGGAUGUGCCUCCUACCAUCCAGACUCCAACAUGAGCUGAAGAAGGUUCCCAAGCUGCGGAAAUUCUGGAAUCUGAUCAAGAAGAAAUUUGACAAGAUGGAUGCUGACGCGUCUGAGCAGGCUAAAAAAGAGCGAACCUUCCUCUCGGCUCUCAUUAAAAAGUUUCACGGGGUCCUCGAGUCAAUCCCGCCGUCAGGGUCCAUCACCAUGGAGAAGGUGCAUUAUUGUGAGAGAUUCAUUGAACUUAUGAUUGAUCUGGAGGCCCUGCUUCCCACCAGACGUUGGUUUAACACGGUGCUGGAUGACUCUCAUCUGGUGGUCAGUUGUCACCUUUCCAGCCUCACCCAGCGGGAGAAGGAGGGCCACCUCUUCUGCCAGUUGCUCGACAUGCUGAAGUUCUACACAGGCUUUGAGAUUAACGACCAGACGGGGAACGCUCUGACGCAGAAAGAGAUGACAACGCUGCACUAUGAUAGGAUCACAUCCCUGCAGAGAGCAGCCUUUGCUCAUUUUCCAGAGCUCCAUGACUUUGCACUGUCCAACGUAGCAGCAGUCGACACUCGGGAAUCCUUGACGAAACAUUUCGGGUCCCUCAGCCCAAAUACACUCCACCGGGUGGCGUCUUACCUGUGUCUGCUACCUGAGUUGCCUGAGGGCCAAGACACCACCCAUGAGAAGAAAGUUCUUCUUGAACUGCUGGUGUCCCGUCAUGAGCGCAGAAUCUCUCAGAUCGAGCAACUGAACCAGAUGCCCCUUUAUCCAACCGAGAAGAUCAUCUGGGAUGAAAACAUCGUCCCCACAGAGUACUUCUCUGGAGAAGGCUGCCUUGCGCUCCCCAAACUUAACCUCCAGUUUCUCACCCUCCACGACUACCUGCUGAGGAAUUUCAACCUGUUCCGCCUGGAGUCCACCUACGAGAUUAGACAGGACAUAGAAGAUGUGGUGUGGCGCAUGAAACCAUGGCAAUCCGAGUACGGCGGAGUGGUGUUCGGAGGCUGGGCCAGGAUGGCUCAGACCAUCACCGCCUUCUCCAUCGUGGAGGUGGCCAAACCCAACAUCGGCGAGAGCUGGCCCGCACGUGUUCGCGCUGACGUCACAGUUCACCUCAACGUGCAAGAUCAUAUCAAGCAGGAGUGGGAAGGGCUGCGUAAGCACGACGUUUGCUUUCUGAUCACGGUGCGGCCCAACCUGGUCUACGGCACACGCUUCGACCGCCGCCAGUCCUUUGUGGAGCAGGCCGGGCUGGUGUACGUGCGAGGCUGUGAGGUGCAGGGCAUGCUGGAUGACAAGGGGCGUGUCAUUGAAGAAGGUCCCGAACCAAAACCCAAGCUGCGAGGAGACUCCAGAACAUUCCGUGUCUGGUUGGACCCCAACCAGUACCAGCAGGACAUGACCAGCAGCAUUCAGGCCGGCACUGAGGACCCAUACGAGACGUUCAACAUCAUCAUGAGGCGCAAACCGAAGGAGAAUAACUUCAAGGCCGUUCUUGAGACCAUCCGUAAUCUGAUGAACACGGAGUGCGUCGUCCCAGACUGGCUGCACGACAUCAUCCUCGGCUACGGCGACCCAGGCAGUGCCCACUACUCCAAAAUGCCCAAUCAGAUCUCCACGCUGGACUUCAACGACACCUUUCUGUCCUUGGAACACCUGCGCUCCUGCUUUCCUGGUGUGUCCGUAAAGGUCAAAGAGGAGAAUCCUGAACUGCAAGUCCCGCCUUUCAGAGUAAAGUUUCCGAUCUCAAAACAAGCCGAAAAAGGGAAGAAGAGGAAGGCUGAUGAAGAAGGCGAGGACAAACAAGAGGAGGAGGACACGACCUUGAUUGUUGAGCCCUAUGUCACACCCAACCGUGGGCCUUAUCCUUACAACCAGCCCAAAAGGAAUACAAUUCACUUCACGCCUACUCAAAUUGAAGCCAUCCGAGCCGGCAUGCAGCCAGGCCUCACCAUGGUUGUCGGACCACCAGGCACCGGCAAGACCGAUGUGGCUGUUCAGAUCAUUUCAAACAUCUAUCAUAACUUUCCUGAGCAGAGGACCCUCAUCGUCACACACUCAAAUCAGGCCCUGAACCAGCUGUUUGAAAAGAUCAUGGCCCUAGACAUUGACGAGCGCCACCUUCUGCGUCUGGGCCAUGGAGAAGAGGAACUGGAGACCGAGAAGGACUUCAGCAGGUACGGCAGGGUGAACUAUGUCCUCGGCCGGAGACUGGAGCUGCUCAGGGAGGUUGGAAGGUUACAGGAGAGCUUGGGGGUCCCUGGUGAUGUUUCCUACACUUGUGAGACUGCUGGACACUUCUACCUCUACCAGGUGAUAUCUCGUUGGGAAGAGUACAUGAGCAAAGUCAAGCCCAAACAGGCCAAGGACGUGGAGGUGGAAGCCGUGGCCACGCUCUUCCCCUUCCACAAGUACUUCUCCAAUGCCCCCCAGCCAGUGUUCAGGGGCCGCUCCUAUGAGGAGGACAUGGACAUCGCAGAGGGCUGCUACCGCCACAUUAAGAAAAUAUUCACCCAGCUGGAGGAGUUUAGGGCCUUUGAGCUGCUCAGGAGCGGAUUGGACCGCACCAAGUAUCUUCUAGUGAAAGAAGCCAAAAUCAUCGCCAUGACUUGUACGCAUGCUGCCCUCAAACGUCAUGACCUGGUGGAGCUGGGUUUUAAGUACGACAACAUCCUGAUGGAGGAAGCGGCGCAGAUUCUGGAGAUUGAGACAUUCAUCCCACUUCUGUUGCAGAACCCAGAGGACGGCUACAGCAGGCUGAAACGUUGGAUCAUGAUCGGAGACCACCACCAGCUGCCCCCUGUCAUCAAGAACAUGGCCUUUCAGAAGUACUCCAACAUGGAGCAGUCCCUCUUCACUCGCUUUGUGCGGCUGGGAGUGCCCACCAUAGAUUUGGACGCUCAGGGCCGUGCACGUGCCAGUCUGUGUAACUUGUACAACUGGCGCUACAAACACCUCGGAAACCUGCCGCAUGUGCAGCAACUACCAGAGUUCCAGGUGCCCAACCCCGGCUUGACCUUUGACUUCCAGCUAGUCAACGUGGAGGACUUCAACGGCAUGGGCGAGUCCGAGCCCAACCCUUACUUUUAUCAGAACCUGGCAGAAGCUGAGUAUUGUGUGGCUCUAUUCAUGUACAUGCGCCUGCUGGGCUACCCUGCUGAUCGCAUCAGCAUCCUCACCACCUACAACGGACAGAAACACCUGAUCCGAGACGUCAUCAACCAGCGUUGCGCCGGGAAUCCCUUCUUUGGACAGCCAAAUAAGGUGACGACCGUCGACAGGUUCCAGGGUCAGCAGAACGACUACAUCAUCCUCUCACUGGUUCGCACCAAAGCUGUCGGACAUCUCAGGGACGUGAGGCGUCUGGUGGUGGCCAUGUCCAGAGCCCGGCUUGGCCUGUACAUCUUCGCCCGGGUGGCGCUGUUCCAGAAUUGCUUUGAGCUGACUCCCGCCUUCAACCAGUUGACGGAGCGCCCGCUGCAGCUUCACAUCCGGCCGCACGAGUACUACAACCAGGAGCAGCCGAGAGACGCCUCGGACCGUCCAGACCAAGUGGUACAGAACAUGCCAGAGAUGGCCAACCUGGUGUACAACAUGUACAUGCACAUGAUCCAGACCUCACACAAGUACAGACAGCAGCAGCAACAACUAGCUAAACCUCCUUCACAAGACAAGCCUGAUGCUGCAGCGGACAGCGUGCCAGCCAGCUCUGAGGAGAAUAAGAAUAAGGAGGAGGAGGAGGAGGAGGAGGGCCAGACUCCCAUGGAGCAGGAGAGCCCAACUGGAGACGAGGCCCAGGCGCAGCAGAAGUCUGAAGAUGGCAACGAGCAAGAAGGAGAGAAAGACGUAGAAAAACAAGCCAAGAUGCCCGAGCACCCGGGCCGGGACAGCGACAGCGAGGACGGACAAGAGCAAUAGCUGACUGGGACAUUGAAGGGGACCAAGUGGACGUAAAGUAAAACGCAUCUACGGGAUGCUAUCAUGAUACAUCACUCUGUGUUUUGUAACUUUAGUCAUUUUUAAUAAAAAACAAAAAACAAUUGGUCUGUGGCCCAAUGGUGGUCCUGAUGAAACCGCCCAAAUCCAUUAGUGAAACCAAAAUACAAGAAUGCUAACUGUUAGCAUGGUAGCAUUUUAGUUAUGUUACUCAUGUCAAAAUGAAAAUGUUUACAUGUCAUGGUGUAAAAACACUAUAGACCUGCCUUGCCACUUUCGGUACAUCGUGCUAUCUUUUUAGGUGGCAGCAUGCUAACUGUUAGCAUGGUAGCGUUUUAGUUAUUUUACUCGUGCCAAAAUGCAAAUAUUUACAUGGCAGGAUGUAAAAACACUAUAGACCUGCCUUGCCACUUUCAUUAGUUAGUGCUAUCUUUUUAGGUGCCAGCAUGCUAACUGUUAGCAUGGUAGCGUUUUAGUUAUUUUACUCAUGCCAAAAUGCAAAUAUUUACAUGGCAGGAUGUAAAAACACUAUAGACCU